AUGACCAAGGAUAUGUACAGAGUGUUCCUGCAGAAAUACCGAAUUAAAGACAAAGUGGGGCAAAUUGAUCCCUAUGACCUACUUAAAAUGGCUUACAACUUGCAUGAAAUUCGAUUGAAAGAAGAUGUUAUGUGUGGAGAUGUGAUCAUUUUUGACUUAAAAGGAACAUCCAUGCGUUUAUUGUCAAAACUAACACCAGCUUUUCUCGUGACAUUCAUCACUUUGUAUAAGAAAAUAUUUUCUCUUCCACUGAAGGGUCUGUACAUAAUUAAUAUUGUCCCUUACGUCAGCACACUACUAUCUGUUUUUAAGACUCUCGUUAAACCUAAAUUAUUUGCAAGGGUUCAUGUGUGUAACGAUGCGAAUAUUUUAAAGGAGCACUUUCCUUUAGAAAUGUUACCAAGGGAUUACGGUGGUACCGAAAAGUCAAUCGAGGAAUUGCAUGAAUUAUGCCACCUUAAGUAUCAAGAAUAUCAAGACCGUUUCGAUCUACUGGAUAAAUUGAGAGUGGAUGAGAGUUUAAGACCUGCCAUACUUGAAAAUGAAAACACGAAUUUUUGGGAUAUCAUGGCAAUUUUAGAAAGUUAA